AUGGCGUCUCCUUCGAGAGACCCUUUCUCCAUCCCAAGGGCCGACUCACCGUCCCGCCAGUACGGCGCUUCUCUUCCUCGAGCAGAUGCCACCGCUCGUCUGGCGUCGCCCGUGCCUUCGGCUCAGUAUGGCACUCCCCAAACAAAUCGCAUCCCCGGCCAGGCCAACAGAGGAGGCGAGAACGGUGACACGGGUAGCCUCACCCCGUUGGCUGGAGCUGCCGGUUCGAGCGUCCAAGGUCCUGGCGUCUCAGCUCUCGCUGCAGCGCUUUCCAACUCUCUAGGAACCUCUCCUCCAAGACACGGCACACCACCAGUACGCUCUGGUACUCCUCCUCCCAGACCUCUCUCUCCUGCCGCUGCUGGUGCCCAGCUAUCAAGCACUCCCAUGACGAACUACGGCUCGUUCGACUCCCGCUCGCGAGGUGCCGCUACUGGCGCCUACGAAGACCCCGAGGUCGUCAAGAGGCACCUGGUUCAACCCUCGGACGCCCCGUCAGAGGAGUCGAGCAUGCGAGAUGGCGUCAAAGGCAAGCAGACAGCGGAUGACAACGAGACUGGACUGAACGAGGACGAAUUCUCGAGUUUGCAGCUGCAAGGCGGAGAUGUAACGCGAGGCAUUUACAAGUGGACCGAAGAUGCGGAAGCUCGAGGCAAGGUGCAGCGCAGCAAGAGCUUUAGCGUCUCCAGGCCAGACCCCGAGACGGACAUUCUUGACAUUAAUGCUAUUAAGGUUCCGGGUGGUUUCCGCCGCAACUAUCUGCGCCGGGCGGCCAGAAGUCCCUCCACGAUUCGAGACGGCGGCGAGCGCGGCGAGCCCAGCAAUGGCGGUGCUCAGCCUCGUUUACUCACUUCAAGCUUCCUCGAGUUCCUUACUAUCUACGGUCACUUUGCUGGCGAGGAGCUUGAGGAAGAUGACGAGGCUCUGAAGCCAGGCGAAUACUUUUCCUCCGGUGGAGAGGACGAUCUCUACGACAGCGACGAAGGCAGCGAUGACGAUCGGGAACCGAUGGAAGACAGUGCGCUUCUGACGCCGUCGCGCCAUAAGAGGAGAAGAAGGCAGCGUGGAGGCAGUGGCAAGAAUAGCCCGAUGAGCGCCGCGCUGCUCUUGCUGAAGUCCUUCGUGGGAACUGGUGUGCUCUUCUUGCCAAGAGCCUACCUGAACGGUGGCAUGCACUUCAGCAACCUCGUGUUGCUAGGUGUCGCUGCGCUGAGCUACUACUGUUUCGUUCUGCUGGUUACUACCCGUCUCAAGGUAGAAGGUUCUUUCGGUGACUUGGGAGGCAUUCUGUACGGCAAGUGGAUGAGGGGUAUCAUCCUCUUUUCCAUUGUCAUCAGUCAGAUUGGAUUUGUGGCCGCAUACAUGGUUUUCACCUCAGAAAAUCUACAAGCCUUCCUCUUGGCAGUCUCUGACUGUAAGACCAACGUCGGCGUCAAGUGGUUGAUCCUGCUGCAGGUGCUCGUGUUCCUGCCCUUCUCGCUGCUUCGAGACAUCGAAAAGCUGAGUUUCACUGCCUUGAUUGCGGACGCAUUCAUCCUACUUGGCCUGGCCUAUCUUCUGUACUACGACAUCUUCACCCUGAGCACGAAGGGACUGGCGGACAUCAUCAUGUUCAACCGCAACGACUGGACUUUGUUCAUCGGCACCGCCAUUUUCACAUUCGAAGGAAUCGGCCUUAUCAUCCCCAUUCAGGAGUCGAUGAAGAACCCCAGCAAGUUCCCUCGCGUCAUGUUCGCGGUCAUGAUCAUCAUUUCUGUUCUCUUCAUCGGUAUGGGUGCGAUUUCCUACGCCGCGUACGGAUCCAAGACGGAGACGGUCGUUCUCCUGAACUUGCCCCAGGACAGCAAGCUCGUCAACAGUGUUCAAUUCCUGUACUCUGUUGCCAUCAUGCUGUCCAUCCCCUUGCAGCUGUUCCCUGCCAUCAAGAUCACCGAGAACGCUCUUUUCACCAAGAGCGGCAAGUAUAACCCGUACAUCAAGUGGCAGAAGAACCUGUACCGUUUCUUCUUUGUCUUCCUGUGCGCUUUCAUUGCGUGGGGUGGUGCGGAUGACUUGGACAAGUUUGUUGCUCUUGUUGGCAACUUUGCUUGUAUCCCGCUUGUUUACAUCUACCCACCUUUGCUGCACUACAAGGCAGUUGCUAGAAAUAGAUGGUGGAAGAUUUCCGACAUCUGUCUCUGCAUCUUCGGUGUCGUGGCCAUGGCUUAUACUACCGCUAUCACCGUUUACAGCUGGGCCAACGGCGAUUCCGACCCUGGCAAUCCCGGAUACUGCGAUAGAAGGUAG